AUGUCGCUCAAUGGCCUGGACGACCCCAAGGUCAAGGAGGCCCACGAUUCCGCCGUCGCGGAACCUGGAGGAUGGUUUCUCCUCAAGUAUGCGAGUCGCGAUGACGUCGAACUUCUAGGUCGCGGGAAUGGAGGCAUCGUGGAAAUCCGGAACAACAUCGCCCAGUACGAGGACGAAAAUGAGGAACGCUCGCCCUUAUUCGGCUUCCUGAGGUACCGUCGCCGGAACGUGAUCAUUAAAUAUCUUCCUGAAGAUUGCUCUCGACUGGUUCAAGCGCGUGUAACCGUUCACUUCAACGCCGUCUGCGAGCGCUUCACCCCGUAUAAUACCACCUUCUCGAUUGCCGCGGCCAAGGAGCUCAAAGAUACCAAGCUGUCCGCCGCCUGCUCUUUGCAUGCCCAAUCCGGCUCUACCUCGUCCUCGACAAGCUCACUCCGACGGAGACGGUUGAUGGAAAUUGCGGAAGAAGAAGAGGAAGAACAGAGAGCGAGCAAGAGAAGAUCUGUCGGCGACGGUUUGCCAGAAACCGCCGGAGAAGACUCCGUCGAGCCCCCAAAAUCACCAGUCGCCGCGGAUCCGCCAGUGAAGUUGAACACCGACCUAGCAAAUCUGUCCGAGGAGAGCAAGUUUUCGGAAUCCCUGGAACCUCCGGAAUUCAUCGGCGCCAGACCGCCAUCCCCGUCAAAAUCGGUCGACGAAGGCCGCCGCAUGUCAUCGCAGUCUUCGCGGCCGGAGAUUUAUUCGUCGGCGUCUUAUACCUACGGAAAACCAAGAGUCAAGCUUGCACCGCGACCAUCGCUCGACGUCGGCGGACACCCGCGCACCGCUGCUGUGGGGGCCGCUUUUCGACCAAUUUCGCAAUUACCGUCCGGCUUCAAGCUGUUCUCCAAGGGCGCCAAAAAGGGAAAGUCCAAGGAAAAUACUCUGGAUCCUUCCGAAGCAACCCACAUCGACGAAACAACCGAAAUCUCCCUGGCCGCCACUGCAAUACCCCUACCCGACAACGGGGACCCCAUUUCCCAGCUUGACGAACUCGUCCGGCCACACACGAGCUCUGGACCAGGAGUACGACCCACCACGAGCUCGGGCGCCUCAGUUAAAUCAGCCAUGCCGUCCCUCACCACCACCACUGCUGCUAAGCAGACUAUGACGCCCGAAAAGGCGCGUCUGAUGAAGGCGAUGCAACUGAGGGAGAAAAAGAAGAAAAUGAGCAUUCAGCCCCCGGCUUCUGUUGCUGUUGCUGUGGUCGACGGUGACGUCGAAGCUGUCUCGAAAGACGAGAUUGUCACUUCGGAAAAGGCCCAGCCCACCGAACCCAUCGUUGAGGAGAUAACCGAGCAGACCCUUGCUACCGAGGUGGACGACGGUGAGGGCGAGGGGGAGAGACGACUCUCAAUUUCCAAGGCGGACUCCGGCUUCGCUGUCGACGCGUCCUCUGCUUCUGUUCACACCGACGUGGCCUCUGAAAUCACCCAGAGCGACUCGCACCCUGCCUCGCCCAUCAUUGCUUCCUCCGAGCCUGACCACUCGACCAAGGCCUCGUCUCUUUCUGAGGCUACUGACGAGACGGUGAAGGAGACGGAUGAGGAACUCCACGAGCCUCAACCCGACACAGUUGAUGCAGAAGCUGCGACGGACGAAACACCGAAGCCGGUUGAGCCGGUCACUGAGCCAGAGGUGGCUGCCGUCGAAGAAGCUGUGCCAGCUCCCCAGACGGAGACCGAAGCCCCUGAAGCAAAGGAGCCAGAGCAAGCGAUUCCCACCGAGGUCGAAGUUCCCGAGGUAAAGGAGCCAGAUCAACCAACUCCCGCCGAGAUUGAGGUUCCUGAAGUUAAGGAGCCCGAACAACAAAUUCCUACCGAGAUCGAAGCUCCUGCGGUAAAGGAGCCGGAGUCAGAGCCAAUGCCUACCGAGAACGAAGAGACCCCUGCCGAGCAGGUCGAAACGAUCGAGUCCGAGAAACAAGAUGCCCCCAUUGUCGAGCAGCCUAUCGAUGUUGCCAAGGUUGAAGAACAGUCACCCGAGGAGGCGGUUUUGGAGAAUGCCGAAGCCCAGCCUGAGACUCAGGCUGAGGUCAAGGAAGACGAGCCCAAGUCCCCGAUAAGCUUGCCCAUUUCCAAAUUCUCUACGAGCCCAACACAGGAGAAGCCACCUGUUGCCUUGCCCUUGCAGUCGCCAAAGGAGGAGGAGGAGGAGGUAAAGCAAGAGGAGGCUCCGGUUGCUGCACCGGCACCUGCAGAAGAGACACCGAUCUCCCCGACCUCACCCACAUCCCCUCAAUCCGCGGGAUGGAAGGUUCCCAGGUCCAAGUUCUCAACACAGGAUCUCAGAGCGGCUGCAAGCGAGACACCCGCUGCCGCUCCCCUCGAGGACGCACCGAAAGAGUCUCUGCCCGCCCCCGCUGAGGAAGAAGCUGAAGUUGACGCUCAAUCUGCCGACUCGGAGCGUUCCAAGCGAAAGACACUCGUCGAGCCAAUCCGCACUGACCUCGACGUGCCUGAGAAGAAGACCGAUCCUAGUAUCCUCGAUGAUGAAGAGCUGAUGAACGAGCUGGACUCAGCCACCGUCCAGCAGGCCCAGCAUGUCACUGUCUCCAAGUCACCCAUUACCCCUGUCUUCCCCAGCCCGCCGAAGGAGCCCAUCAGCAGGCCCACUUCACGUGGAGUUGUACGCACCAUCUCGAACCCCAUCCGCGGCAACCUCCUCACGCCUGCGGACGUGGCGGCACAAGAUCAGAACCGGAGGUCCAUCUCAUCUGGCGCCGCCUUCUUGCACAAGAUCACGCAGCAGCAGAACCAGAACCUGGCUCCCAAGCAGCCUGGCAAGAUUGGAUCCAGCAUCUCCCAGCGUAUCAAGGCUUUGGAAAAGCUCUCUGCCAACGCACCCGGCGUCGUUGAGACCCCCGAGUCGAACCUCAGCACCAUGGGCAGUAUGAAGGGACCCAGGCCAUCUUCAGCAUUCUUCGCCGUCAAGCGGGGCAGCGUCAGGGAUCCUCCUUCCCGGUCUCCGUCGGUCAUGGAGCGGACCAACUCUCUUCGAGUACCCAGCCCAUCUCCUUCACAAGUCUUGGAUGAUGGCAAGGACUCUUCGCCUGAGAGUACCAAGGCAAACCGUGGCAGGUCGGGAUCUAUGGCCAACAGAUUGUCCAUGUUCGAAAUGCCUGGCGCCCAGCCUCCCAGGGGCCGGCCCGAGUCCAUCUCUGUUACCGCGCGCAUCAUCCGCGACCCCAGCCAGGUUGGCAAGGCCCCAGAGCCGCCUAAGGAUCCUUCUGAGUUCGGCCGGCUUGAACUUAAGGAGUCGCCGUUGGUGGUCGAUCAUCAGAGGGCCGAAGCUCCCAUGCCACCGGCCAAUCUAGCCAAGGUGGAGGUUUCCAAGGAGACGAUACAGGAGAGGAGGUUGUCCAAGGAGAAGCGUCGCUCGCAAACCAUCGACAUCCAGCCCGAUGUCGAGGAGCCCGCUCGGCGUUCUUCCCUCAGCAUCAUGAAGGAUUUCAUCAAGGACCGUCGCAAGUCCAUCACCUCGCCGUCCGUUGAGGUGCUGACGGCUCCCCUGCCACCCAUGUCUCCCACCAAGUCUCCUUCGAGACCCCCCUCGACCCAUAACUCGGGAGGCUUCACGCGUCGUCUGUCCAUCAGCAGCCGUCGCUCCUCCAUCAGCAAGGAGAACGCCGCCAACGGUGCUCUGUCACCCUCCAUGUACACCGAGGGCAGUGCCUCUGGUGACGACAGCAAGUCGACAACCAGCGACAAGAAGAAGGGUCGUGCCAGCCGCUUUAUGCGCCGUCUCUCUUCCUCUCUCAGCAGCGCGGGCCGUAGUAAGACUAUGACCCCUACCGCCAUCUCACCCACGGUGCAGGAGGAGGAAGCUGCGGAGGUCACUCGCCUCCAGCAGCCAACCAUUGACGCAUUCAUGGGAGAUGUCAAUGUCCAAUUCCCAGACAACCUCCUGUGGAAGCGCCGCAGCCUGUGCCUGGAUUCUCAGGGCUUCUUGAUCCUCAACGCUGUUGCUGGCUCUGCCGUUACCGCCUCCAAGGACAGACCUUCUACUGGUGUCGGAGUGAAGAGAUACCACCUCUCCGAGUUCCGUACUCCCUACAUUCCCGACGUCGAGCUGCAAGAGCUGCCCAACAGCGUGGUUCUCGAUUUCAUCGAGGGCUCUGGCCUUCAAGUUGCGUGCGAAGAUCGCGCCGGACAGUUGAAUGUUCUGCACAUUCUCCAAGACGCGCAUCAGAGCCACACCUCGUUCGGCCAGUAA